GAUACCAGACCUCUGAUCCUUGCAGCAUUAACCAAAUGAAAAGCAACCUUCAUUAGCCAGACAACAGCUAGCUGGUGGAAGCAUGAAAAGCAGGCCUGGCCCAAGGACACGGCAGUGUAAAAGGACUAGCAUGAGCUUAAAAACGUAGCGGCACCAGUAAGGCCUAUCCUUCAUUUGUAUUUCGCUAAUGUGCCAGCCCCUUUCACCAUACGUGGCCCACUGCUCCCAGCACACGUUCAGGUGCUGAGAUACAUCAGCUCUACAGACUCUAUCUGGUUCAUUGAACAUUAUUGAGAACUGAAAUGGAAACCGUCAACAACGCAGAGUUCCUGGGGGACUUCACACUGAACGGUGACCAUCCUCCAAAAUUGAAAGAGACGAUCAGUAGAGACAGCAUAGUGAUCAACCCAGCACCACCUGCAAGGUACCUGCUGAAGACCAAGCGGAAGGACGUGGAUGGGAGGGACGGAGUCCGGAGAUGGACCAUAGGAAACCACAACCCUUGCAAGAGGAACAAGACUCUGCUGAUCCUAGGAGAGGUUGGGGCAGGGAAGACCACACUAGUCAACGCUAUGGUCAACUUCGCCAUCAGAGUUAAGUGGGAGGAUAACGCCAGGUUCCAAAUCACAGAGCGUUUCAAAGACAGAGAGACGUGCUGGGCUCACAAUCCUAGAACCGAUGCUGUGACAGCCUAUGAGAUCUUUGGCUGGGAGGACGCUGAGUUGCCUUUCUCUCUCACCAUCAUUGAUACACCAGGGAUAGAGGACAGAGAUGGACUCAGACCUUUGAUAGAGAAACUAAGAAUGCUGCUGGAAGAGGAGAGAGUGGACCACAUCGACGCUGUCUGCCACGUGGUGAAGGCAACGCAGAACUGUCUGACAGAACAUCAGAGAAACAUCUUUGACGCGUUCCUGUCCCUCUUGGGCAAGGACAUGAAAGAUAACAUCAUCACCCUCAUCACUCACUCUGACGAGACCAGACCGGAGGUUCUCGACAUCAUCAUGGAGUACAAACUCCUAGGCGACAAGGUUCCGGUUCACUUCACGUUCAACACUCACCUCUUUCAGACCAGAAACCCUUUCUAUGACAAAAUCUAUGAGACAACAUGGGAAAACAGCAUGAAAAGCAUGAGAGGAUUCUUUGAUAAGAUAAACGGAAUGCAACAUCAACGCACCAAGCAGACGAUAGAGGUAUUGGUGGAACGCUUGAAGCUGGAGGACUGUUUCAAACAUGGAAGGAUCCCUUCAGAGGUGGGAGCAAUCUGCUGCACAGUGUGUGAGAUGAACUGCCAUACCGGGUGCGUAGCUUGUCACCCCUACUUCUGCCAAGUCAUGUUACGAGGGAAAUGCACCAUGUGCCCACAGAGAUGCAGUCACAAGAAACAUGUCAGAGGACACCAGAGAUAUGCUGACGACCAUAAAAAUCUGAGAGCUCAACUCACAGAAUGUUUCCAAAAUAUGAGGAAGAACUCCUUGAUGCCUCACUUGGAGCCGAGUCUCAAGAACCAGAUUCAGCGUGCCAACGAGAAGGGAGACAAGCAGAAGUUGAAGGAACUUGAGGAAAAGAAAGGGACAAUUGGCGAUUUAAUCAAGAAGAAUAUGAAAAUGGAAAGAGAGUAGGGUGAGAAUUUGCUGAGAUCACAUGCGCAGAAUAAAACAGGUGUAGACCUUACCGUGAAAUGCUUAUUUUCAAGCCCUUAAACAACAAUGUAAUUCAAGAAAUGUAAGUUGACCUUUACAUCAGCUUAAAGAGGUCAGCAGUGUAGUAUGAAUGAUUUGUUUGCCAGUAACCUUUACCAUAUGUUAAUCAAUCUUUAAUCAUUGUGUCAUAUUUUUCCAAGUCACAUACUGCAUGUCAGAAAACAUGCAUCACAUGAACCCACAACUAGAAAUAUGAUGUACUUUCAAGGCCCAAUGCAGCCAUUUUUAUAUCAAUAUCAAAUCAUAUCUGAUCUAACAAUUAAUGACCUUACUGUAAUAGACUUCCAUAAAAAUGUGCAAAAGCUGUUUUUUUGCUUGUACUGUC